AUGUCAAGUUCUACAAUCAACUACGUGAGAGGUAACUGCCUCCAACAGACUAUCCUGCACCCCCGUAUUCUUAUUCACUCUUGCAAUUGCAAUGGAUCAUGGGGUGGCGGCAUAGCAUACCAAUUAGCGGUGAAGUACCCUCGGGCUGAGAAAGAUUACGUCGAGCUUUGCAAUAGGUUUGGAAAUAGCCUUUUGGGCAAGUUUGUCUUGAUUCCCAGUUACACAGACGCUAACUUGCUUAUUGGUUGUUUAUUCACAGCAUCGUUCGGCGGACCCAACCAGGGUUCUGAACGCAUAUUAGAUUUCACAGGACGGGCCCUCACAGAUAUGAAAACGAAGUUAACUGUUGAAGAGAUUCCCGACCCGAGCGAGCUAGAUCACUUCUCUAGUCAAUAUAUAAAUGCUUUCAAGAGUCAUUCGCGCAUUCCUCUGCAAGACUACAAGUUAGAGUUGCCCCAAAUAAACAGCGGCAUUUUUGGUGUUCCAUGGCCAGAAACUGAAAGAUUGCUUAAAAAGCAGAAAUCCAUGUCCUUUACCGUCUACGUGCUUGACUGA